UAAGCCAUUUGCUCUAAAAACUAACAAAUAUGCCCAUACAUACCAUUGUUUGCCGAGGAAAAGGGAGUCAAACCGGUAGAGGAGAGUUUGCGGAGCUCGAAUGAUGGUCCCACGAUAACAGGUUCGGAAAGCUUUACAAUUCUUCCUUCGUUGUUGCGGUUCAUAAGCACGAUAUUACACGCUAGAUGCUCUGAUAAGUAUCUCUCGUAUCGUUUCAGGUUCCUAAGAUAAGCAAAACACAGCGUUUGCAAAAGAAAAAAAUAAAACUGGAUAAGUUUACUUGUCCAAUAUCACCCACGAGGCUUGAAGCUUCCUUGUUUCGCUUACUGCUACGACAUUGAAGGGACUGCCGGCAACAAUCUUCACUUCCAGUUUCACCUACAAAGAUAUCGGCGCUGAAAAAAUCAUCUGACUUCAACCUGUAGUAGCUUCCCGUCUUUGUUGCUUCCUCCUCGAGAGAUUUGACAUUUACUCCAUUGAACGAUGUGAAGUCUACCUUGGAUCUAUAUCCCACUACGACAAAACAAGAAACGCCUCCUCAUUCUUACUUGGUGUGAGAACUUCGUGGAGUAUGCCAAGAAGAGUGACGAGAGUUCCUGGCUGGACAACUCGAUCCAAGGUCCACGACACAGCAGCGUCAGAGAGCUCUCUCAAGCUUUUAAAUCAUAGACAACGGAUUGAGCAAAAAUCGAAGAUGGAUAUGCGAAAGAUCCCUGGAUAUUUGUUUAAACACUACAGGCUUUUCAAGAUAAGUACGGGAGCCACGUAUGCGUGGAAAAUUAAGCUGAAAAUUUUGGAAGGCUUUGAAGCCCUCGUCGGCGCCGGCGAGAAUGCGACGGCCACGGCGCUAAGGUCUGACGGUACCUUGGCACGCUAGCAGCAAUGCGCUGCUCCAGAUCAAAGAUCUGAUGUUCUUCCAGCUCUACGGAACUCCCUCUAGAGAACCGAAUGACGAUUUUCUGUGUUCCUCGUCUAGAUCGAUGGCUAGGCCUCUCGGCAGCGAUGAUAAUGAUGGGCUGUGCCGGAUUGACAUACACGUAUGCUGUUUACAGCGAGCAUAUGAAGCAAAGGUUACAUUUUUCACAGGAAGAUAUCGAUGAUAUCGGUGCUGCCAAAGAUCUGGGAGGAGUUGUGGGACUUCUUUCCGGGCUUUUGUACAAUAUGUAUCCUCCCUGGGUGACGAUAGGAAUUGGAGCUGCCUUGCAUUUCUUUGGCUACACAAUGGUUUGGAUGACUGUAGCAGGCAAGGUUGCCCCUUCGUUCUGGCUGUUGUGCAUGUAUUCUGCCGUGGGGAAUGGAGGAGAUAACUGGAUUGACACAGCCUGCAUGAUGACAAGCUUGCAGAACUACGAAGAGCAAAGAGGGACGGCAAUGGGGAUAUUGAAAGCACAGCUUGGUCUUAGUGGUGCGAUAUUUGUCAUGAUUUACGAGGUGUUUCUUGAGCCAAAUGUGAAUCAGUUCUUACUGCUUAUGUCACUGGUUCCUACACUGGCCUACGUUUUGCUGGCGUUUUUUGUUAGGCCUUUCGAUCACACAGAGGAUGAAGAUCCAUCGGCUGCUCCUCGUUUCAAGAUGGCAUUUAUCACCGUUCUCGUGCUUGGAAUUUUUAUGAUGGUUUCAUUGGCUUCGAAGGAAUAUUUUAAAGAAAGCAAGGUCUUACAACUUAUGACCAUUACUGUCAUGCUAUCAAUCAUGCUACUAAUGUACACUAUCCCACUGAUUCGAUUUCCUAGGAAGUUUUUCCCACCGUCUUCUGAAGGCAUUGAUCUUCCAAAGCUAGAAACAAAGGCAUCUGAUCUUCAAGACGCUGAAGAAGAAAGAUUAAAUCUCUUAAAAACGGGGACCGACCCUUCUCAAGUUUUGACAUAUAGCCAGAUUGCCACCCCAGCCGCAGCUUCUACUACACUCAAAGACGCUCUCGCAGACUUCAAUUUCUGGUUGAUUUUCCUUGUCGUGACGAUUGGAGCAGGAACUGGUGUGGCAAUAAUCAACAACCUUGCUCAGAUAGGAAAGUCACUUAGAGCUGGAGGAACUGAUAUUUAUGUUGGUCUGAUCAGCGUCUGGAGUUGUUUUGGUCGACUCGGAUCGGGGUAUGGGUCGGAUCUUCUGAUGCGGCGUGGCUAUCCGCGAACUCUGUGCCUUCUCAUUGAUCAGAUGAUCAUGGCUCUGUGUUGUUUGCUUCUUGCUACUGGAUUGAUAUCCUCGUUAUUUAUCGGCUCUGCGCUCACGGGACUUUCAUAUGGAGCAUACUGGACGCUUAUUCCAGCAAUUCUAUCCGAGGUGUUUGGCGUCCACAACUUCACAGUCCUCUACAAGCUCGUCUCGCUUGGUCCGCCUCUUGGAUCAUACAUCCUGUCAGCCAAAGUGAUGGGAUCCCUCUACGACGAGGAAGCCGCAUUGUAUCGUCAGAAAAGUGGUGGAGCCAGUGUGUCAGCCGGCGGUGACGAUCUUAACAAUUGCUAUGGCUCCAAAUGCUUUGGCUUUGGCUUGGUAGCACUCGCUCUCGUUAGCUUGAUUGGAGCCGCCGCCAGCUUCCUCCUCUUUCUGGGAACAAGACGAGCCUACCACAAAAACCAAGUCAAAUAGAAGUGGCCCAGUACGUCACAAGAAAAAUCUUCGUUUUUGCUACAAGAAGCUUUAUCAGAUUCCAUCCCGCGCUCUUGUUUGUGGGUUUAGUGAUUGAUUCUUGCUAGUAUGCCUUUGAACACAUGGCUAAAUCCUCCUCCAGGCAAAAAGUUUGCUUGUGAGAAGCUGUGAGUUGCUUCCUCGAUCUC